AUGUUUGCUACUGUUAAAAAAAUCAAACGCACUAUCGGAGCUAGAAUCGUCAAACGGACCUUAUCGGAGCAACAAUCGGAGCUGCAGGGGAGGCCUGUAGUCGGAGCCAAGCAGUUAGCAACUACUUUAUACUUUUGUUUCUUCCGAUCUUGGCUUCUGUUAAAAAAAAAUCAAAUGCACAAUGAUAGGAGAGAUGAUGGAUGGAUAGAAAUCAGAUCAUUGAACAUGUAUGAUAAUCUUGGAAACCCAUCUGGGGUGCCAAGACCACCAGUUAGUACACCACAAACUCCAUUUGGGAAUCCAUUUUAUGGUGCCAGUUCAGGCCUAAUCAGAGGUGGACUUGGUGCCUAUGGAGAAAAAAUCUUAGGUUCAAGCUCCGAAUACGUGCAAAGUAAUAUUAGUAGAUACUUCUCUGAUCCACAAUAUUAUUUCCAAGUCAACGACCAUUAUGUAAGGAACAAAUUGAAGGUUGUUCUAUUCCCCUUUCUGCACAGGGGUCAUUGGACAAGAAUCACUGAGCCAGUAGGGGGUAGGCUAUCAUAUAAGCCUCCCAUUUAUGAUAUCAAUGCUCCAGAUCUGUAUAUCCCAUUAAUGGCUUUUGGUACAUAUGUUGUUCUUGCUGGCUUCUCAUUGGGACUUCAAGGAAAGUUUACCCCAGAAGCAUUGAACUGGCUGUUCAUGAAGGGAAUAGUGGGUUGGUUUCUACAGGUUUCUCUUCUAAAAAUGUCAUUAUUUUCAUUGGGUGGGGCAGAGGCACCUCUGCUGGACAUCGUAGCUUACGCUGGGUAUGCGUUCGCUGGAUUAUGCCUGGCGGUUUUUGGUAGAAUCAUCAUGUCCUACUCCUACUACUUCUUGAUGCCAUGGACUUGUCUUUGUAUGGGAAUCUUUUUGGUGAAAACAAUGAAACGUGUCCUUUUCUCAGAGGUGACUUUUUGGCUGUGGUUUUUGCAUAGAGAAUGCUAUUUAUACAGCAACAAGUUGUUACAUUUGUAG